AUGAAUUUCAUCGUCCAAGGUGCAUUGACAAUUGGCGUCGCCAUUCUUGGAUGGUUUUGGAUCGUCGAUUUCCCGAUCCGCAAAGCUAAGUUCCUCAGUGCAGAUGAAGUCCGCGUGGUCAAGUAUCGUCUUCUUCGAGAACGGGGCUCUUCCGAAGGCGAAAAUGUGACGUGGCGUGCAGUCCAAAUUGUAGGUCUCGAUUGGCGUGUAUGGACUCUUUCGUUCGUCCACGCAAGGGGCGCCGCAGGAACAUCUGGUCUGUUACUGUUUCUCCCCAUCGUUCUUCGAAAGGGCCUCGGAUAUUCGCAGACCAUGUCUUAUUUGCUUGCUGCACCGCCCUCCGCCGUGGCAGCCAUCUUCGCCUUCGCGGUAACUUUAAUCUCGGAUCGGUAUCGUAUUCGAGGCCCAUUUGUUGUUCUAGAAGGCGCCUUCACAAUUAUUGGUCUCUGCAUCAUUGGGUUCUUGGACAAUCCUGCGCCACGAUACGCGGGAUCAUUCCUAGGUUCAUGCGGCACAAAUGCCUUGAUCGUCACGGCAGCCGCCUGGGGACUGGAGGAGACGGCUUCCUCUUCCUUGUUGAGGCCUUCUUUCGAUAUCAAAUUUCAUACUAGUGAAACGAAAAGGACUCGCCCAAUUUUAUCCCGGUCUCGUGGCAUGCUGUACCCUUGUCGCGUGGUCAGUCUUGACGUCUAUCAUCACCAUUCCACUUUUAAUCCGCGCAAAUCGACAGGCUGA